GUUUACUUAUAUAUAUAUAUAUAUGUAUAGGUUUAACACUCUUUUUAAGUCUUGACAUCAUUCAUUCACACUUUUUCAAACAAUGACUUUGUUUAUUUCCUCAUGCCUUCUUCUUCUUCUUCUUCUUCUCAUCUUCCCCUUCACCUCCACCGAUGCUCUGACGUCACCAUCCGACGUGUCAGCACUAAAAGCCUUCAAAGCCACCGUGAAACCAAACUCAAUCCCCCCGUGGUCUUGUCUCGCAAGCUGGGACUUUACUGUCUCCGACCCUUGUGCUUCACCACGUCGAACGCAUUUCACUUGCGGCAUCACUUGCUCGUCUGACUCCACACGUGUGACCCAACUAACUCUCGACCCGGCCGGUUACACGGGUCGUCUAACGCCGCUUAUCUUCGGCCUCACGGAGCUCCUCACGCUCGAUCUCGCCGAGAACAACUUCUACGGCCUAAUCCCAUCCUCCAUCUCCUCCCUCCUCAGCCUCAAAACCCUGGUUCUCCGAUCCAACUCGUUUUCCGGAUCCAUACCCGACUCAGUGACUCGACUCAACUCACUCGAGUCCAUUGACAUCUCUCACAACUCACUCACCGGGUCACUUCCAAAAACGAUGAACUCGCUCUCAAACCUCCGACAGCUCGACCUUAGCUACAACAAGCUCACCGGAGCCAUCCCAAAGCUUCCCAAAAACCUCAUCGACUUAGCUUUAAAGGCCAACACCUUAUCAGGGCCCAUAUCAAAAGAAUCGUUCACCGAGUCAACUCAGCUCGAAAUCGUCGAGCUCGCCGAUAACUUAUUCACCGGAACACUCGGAGCUUGGUUCUUCCUCCUCGAAUCAGUCCAACAAGUAGAUCUAGCUAACAACACUCUCACAGGCAUCGAAGUCCUCCCUCCAAAAUUCGCCGGAGAAAACAACCUCGUAGCUGUAGAGCUAGGUUACAACCAAAUCAGAGGAACCGCUCCGGCGAGUUUCGCGGCGUACCCGAGACUCUCCUCACUUUCUAUGAGAUACAACAUGCUUCACGGUGGUAUACCGUCUGAGUACGAACGGAGCAAGACGUUGAGAAGGCUUUACUUAGACGGGAACUUCUUGACGGGAAAAGCUCCGGCGAGAUUUGUGAGAUCGGACGCAGAAGUAAUGGGAAGUUUGGGGAAUAAUUGUCUACAGGGAUGUCCAGGGAAAGCUAAGAUGUGCGCUCCAUCGCAGAAACCAUUUUACAUUUGUAAGCAAGCUUAUGGUGGAAAACCAAAGUCUUAGUUUUGUCGGUGUCGGCGACUACUUCUUGUAAUAUAUAAUUUAUGCAUUAACUCUUCUUGUUUAGUCUUGGAGAACCACCAGUCGUUAUCGAGAUCUUCAUAUGUGAGCAGAA